AUGUCGGUACCACAUGCAUACGAUAUCGUAAGCCCCAGAAACUAUUCUAAUGGGAACGAUGGCAUGGCAGCACCACCCCGCGAAAAAUCGCCUCCACUCCGGAAUGAAAAUCGGAAAGCAUCGAACAAGAAGCACCAAGGCCCACCAGGCUACAGCGAGCACGAGAAGCGUAGCAAGAAAGGCCAGUCCUCUACUAGCACUGCUCUCUACAGUCAGAAACAUGACCAUAGUCCGAGACACGGCGAUGCACGCAGGGGGUCCGCAAAAUCGCCCCAGCAUGAUUCCAGAUCACGCCAGCAAGAAGAGAUGAUACCUAGUUCCAAGACACCCAGACCAGAACCAGCUGACCGCAAGAAUUACGGCAUCCCAUCCGAAUGCUGUCUCCUGCGCUGGAACCCAGACCAGGAGCCUUUCAAGGUCCUCAAUAGCAUAAUGGAUGGAGAUUCCCUCGGGCGGUGGAUUCACGACUGGGCACUAGCCAUAUUUGGGGCUCAAACUGCCCAACUUGAUAUAGCUGGCCUGCUGUGGAAUCAGCUGAUCAAGCUCACCGGAAUAGCAGAGAAGAAAAAGGUUGCAGAGUUCAUCGAGAGGGGCAGGGGGCUGAUGGAAAACUUGAGGCGACUUUUAAAAGAGUUUGAGGAGCCGUUCCUAGGGCUUGCAAAAGACAAGAUAAUGGAACCAUUUAUGGAGAGUCUUCUCGGCAAGGAACAGGAUGGUGAGAGGGUUCAGGGGUUCUCGCAGUCGGUUCGGCAGUGGGCUCUAGAUUUCGAUGCCAACUACGAGGAUAUUGUCGAAGACGCAGAGGAAAGGGGAUGGCGGCAAGAAGACAUAGAGGAAAUUCGGAGGCGGGAAGACGAAGCGGAUAGGCGGAGGCGGAGGCAGCGGAAGUAG